AUGUCUUCCACAAGUGUAGCGUUUUGUAUAUCGCAGGAUUUAGAUAUCCCAUUAAGGAUUAAAAUAAUAUCUCUAGAUGGAUACCGGAAGUUAGUGAGAGUUUCUGAACGAUUACGUGACCCCAAAUUAUCAUUAUUAGAAUCUAAUGUUGGAAAUGUGAGUAAUUUGAUAGUAUCUGUACAAGUUUUUGACUCAGAACGUGAUAGAAAUAUGACUAUACCGGUAUUUACCCCAUAUAUCUCUUUCAAAACUACGAGAACAUGGGAUCAUUGGUUAACGUUACCGAUAACUAUUAAAGAUUUAAACUUAAAUAGUACCCUAAGAAUUGUACUGUGGGAAUACAAUGGAGUGAAACGUAUACCAUUUUACAAUAUGGAAACAAAUAUAUUUCAAAAGGACAAUUGCUCAUUGAAGAGAGGCUUCGAGUCAUUGAGAUUUGAAUAUAGUAAAGAUAACAAGGAUUCUUUUAGUGAAGUUAAUGUAGAAGAAAAUGAAAUUCAAAAAAAUUUGAAUAAGUUUUACCAAGGUGAAGUCAAAAAAAUUCAUUGGUUGGAUCAGAUUAGUUUGAAGAAAUUGAAAUUGGAGGAGAAAAACAUAUCAUACCCCCAGGACACCUUUGUCUUACAUAUCGAGUACCCAUUCUUCGAAUUACCAAUAGUGUUUACAGAAAAACUCGCAAGAGACACACAAAGAAAUAUUCCAACAUUACACAAUUUUGAAACAAGCAACGACCCAUCAAAUAAUCAAACAACAAUAACCGACACAAAGAUAAGCUUAGGGCCACCUAAUAAUUCUACCCUGAAAUUUUAUGACCCUGAUCAAUAUAAUUCUGACCCCAUAGAAGAAAAAUACAGGCGGUUGGAAAGAGCAUCAAAAAACUCUGAUUUAGAUAAACAUCUAAAACCAGAUACAAACAAGAGGAAACAAUUAAACCGAAUUAUUCAAUACCCACCUGGUACUAAACUUACGGGUCACGAAAAAGGGUCCAUAUGGAGAUACAGAUAUUAUUUGAUUAAUAAUAAGAAGGCUCUAACAAAACUUCUUCAGAGUACAAAUUUUAAUGAAGAGAACGAACGAACAGAGGUCUUAGAGUUGAUAGAUUCAUGGGCAGAAAUUGAUAUUGAUGAUGCAAUCGAAUUACUUGGUCCCUCAUUUACUGACCUUUCUGUUCGUUCAUAUGCUGUAAAUAGAUUAACGAAAGCAUCUGAUAAGGAAUUGGAAUUGUAUUUAUUGCAAUUAGUUCAAGCUGUAUGCUUUGAGAAUCAGUCAACACCAUUUAAUAAUGCCGACUAUAGUGAAUAUCAAAUGAUCAAUAAUUCAGUGGCGGCAAGCUCUCGCUUUACCCAGAAACACCAAAAACUCUUAACUUCUAUCAGUCCAAUGGAUGCGGAUAAAUCUGAGUUAGAUGAAGGAAUCAUUGUGAUAUCACCACUUUCUGAAUUUCUCAUUAGAAGAGCAUUAAAAAAUAUCAGAUUGGGAACAUUCUUUUAUUGGUAUUUAUUUGCCGAAUGUAAGGAUAAACCUUAUCUGAAACAAAUUUUGGAAUCUUUUCGGAGUAGAUUAUCUGAUAACAAUCUCAAGGUAUUGAAGAAUCAAAUAGAGCUGAUUAAAUUAUUAGGCAAAUGUUGCACCGAUAUCAAAAGAUUAAAGGAAACUACAGAGAAAAAAUCGGAAUUUUUAAACCAAGUUCUAGUGACUAAAGUUAGACAUUGGCUGAAAAAAAAAGGUUCUAUAAUACUUCCUCUCGACCCAUCUGUUCAGAUCAUGGAAGUUGUUCCGGAAUUGUCAAAAGUCUUCAAAAGCUCUUUAUCACCGUUAAUGAUCACAUUCAAGACAACUGAUAAUGAUGAUUACUCGUUGAUGUAUAAAGUCGGUGAUGAUUUGAGACAGGAUCAGCUAGUAAUACAAAUUAUUAGAUUGAUGGAUGAGAUGCUGAAGAAUGAAAACGUUGAUCUAAAGUUAUCUCCUUAUAAGAUUCUUGCUACUGGGCCAGACGAAGGUUCCAUCCAGUUUAUACCCAAUGAUACAAUGACAAACAUUCUAAGUAAAUAUCAUGGUAUUCUAGGAUUUUUGAGAAGGCAUCAUCCAUCCGAUACUGAUAAUCUCGGAGUUGAAACAUCAGUUAUGGAUACAUUUGUCAAAUCUUGUGCAGGCUAUUGUGUCAUUACAUAUAUAUUAGGAGUAGGUGAUCGUCAUUUGGAUAAUUUGCUGAUAACACCCGAUGGCCAUUUCUUCCAUGCAGAUUUUGGUUACAUUCUAGGGCAGGACCCUAAACCAUUCCCACCACUUAUGAAAUUACCACCCCAAAUAAUAGAGGCAUUUGGAGGAGCAGAGUCCCCAAAUUAUGAUAAAUUUAGAAACUACUGUUUUGUUGCGUAUUCUAUUCUUCGCCGAAAUGCAGGAUUAAUCCUUAAUUUAUUUGAAUUAAUGAAAACCUCAAGUAUUCCAGAUAUCAGGAUAGAUCCAGAUGGGGCUAUUCUAAAGGUCAAGGAACGGUUUAACCUUGAUAUGUCCGAAGAAGAAGCGACUUUACACUUCCAGAAUCUAAUUAAUGAUAGUGUUAAUGCGCUCAUGCCAAUCGUGAUAGAUCACCUUCACAAUUUUGCCCAAUACUGGAGGACUUAA